UGGUUAAUCUCAAAGAUGAAUAGAUUGGCAGCGAAACUCAUUUUGUAUUUAUAACAGAAUAAAGGGAUCUAUUACCAUACGGAUCGAAAGUCUCGAUCAUUGAUUGGCUAGUUGUUAUAAUGACCCCAAGGUCAAUAAAAGAAUUGUGUAAACCACACCAAACUCAAUAUGAUUGGUGCCUUUCGAUCCCUCCAGCAUAUCUAACGAACUCUAGAUAUCAGACUUUUCUCGUGAAUCGUUAUUCUGAUAGCUGACAGUUAAAGCAUUUUACGACAAACAUGUCUGGUCGCGGUAAAGGUAAAGCUAAGGGCACUAAGUCCAAAAGCCGCUCAUCCCGAGCAGGGCUUCAAUUCCCAGUUGGUCGAAUCCACCGUCUUCUCCGCAAAGGCAAUUACGCUGAGCGAGUUGGCGCAGGUGCUCCAGUAUACUUGGCUGCUGUUCUGGAAUAUUUGAGCGCUGAGAUCCUCGAGUUGGCGGGCAACGCUGCUCGCGACAACAAGAAAACCAGAAUUAUUCCCCGUCACCUUCAGCUGGCUGUGCGUAAUGACGAGGAGUUGAACAAACUGCUCGCUGGUGUCACCAUCGCACAGGGAGGUGUUCUUCCCAACAUCCAAGCGGUACUUCUGCCCAAGAAGACAGAGAAGAAACCCAAGGCAUAAAUUAGCCUUGGCCAUUUUUAAAAAACGGCUCUCUUAGGAGCCACCAGAUAAUACAAAAGUCUUGACUAACUACAUAAGUUGCUAACUUUUUUAAGAAUUUCUAGCUGAUAACAACGUCAGCUGGAGUCAUUUCAAUACUCUUCCUUGCUAUUUCAUUGAUGGACUGAUAACUUACGAGGCCUUGAAUUAGGGUGAGGGAGAGAUUAACUUCCUAAAAGGAUUCAAACGCAUACUCGAAUGAUCCAGGACAUUUUAGCUUCUGAAUAAAUAAAAAGAGAAUUUCAUUGCUUCGAACGAUUUAUGCUUCUGUACCUGAAUCAUUAACGGUCACAACAGCCGCGCCAUUUUUACUGUUACUAUUGAUACAAUUGAUAAUUUCUUGGGACAUUAAAGUUCGUCUGAUUUUAAUUCUAUAGGGGAAGGGGAGUAACCUUAACUAGCCACUCUAUAUUUAAAAUUUGUGCGCUUUAAGAGUGCAAGCAAAAUAACACGAAGGUAGAAGACUUGUUUGUGGGCAAAUUUUUUUCCUUUGAUUGGUGACGUGAACUCCAAGGUUAACAUGACAUGAAAGUAUUUGAACUAUGUUAUUUAUAGGUUGUAUGAAAAUUUUAGAUAAAGAAACAGAGUUAGUGAGAAAAAAAAAAAACAAACAAACAAAAAGCGAGUUUGGGGACCUAUGUUAUGCUGACGUGCAAUAUUCUCUUCAACGUGCUUCUGCCCCAUAUCGUGACGCGCUCGGAAUGUGACCGCAUUUAUUGGUUAUGACUUUUCUUAUCUUUGGUGGCUCCCAGAGGAGCCGUUUGUUUAGUUUCAGGAGAGUCUUUCUA